UUGUGUCCUUUGACAAUGUCAAAUGUGCCUUCAUCUAGAUAUGCUGCUGCAAUAUCAGCCCUUUCCCUCAGUUUACCUGCUGUUAACUCCAACCCACCGCUUACCCCCAAAUCAUCCCUUACCCUCAAAUCCCUGACCCCUAAACCACUAGUUGACCCUACCCCCAAACCACCCCUUACCAUCAAACUAUCAUCAUAUCCCCCUUCACCUGAGAUUUUCGGGUCAGAUGAUGAGGAACAGGAGAAUCCAUCUGAAUACUGUAUAGGUGGCUACUACCCGGUGGAAAUUGGAGCAAUAUUCAUUGACCGUUACCAGGUGGUGAAGAAGUUGGGAUGGGGCCACUUCUCCACUGUGUGGCUAGGCUGGGACAUUGAGAAGAGGCGUUUUGUGGCUCUGAAGGUGGUAAAGAGUGCUCCAACCUUCACAGAGACUGGUUUGGAUGAGAUCAAGCUUCUGAAAUGUGUAAGGGACAGUGACCCAUCUGACCCUAAACGAGACACUGUUGUGCAACUUAUCGAUGACUUCAAGGUCUCUGGAGUCAAUGGGGAGCAUGUAUGCAUGGUUCUUGAAGUGCUGGGUCACCAACUGCUGAAGUGGAUCAUCAAAUGCCCUGCAUCACCCCUGCCCUGCGUUAAGAGCAUCCUCAGACAGGUUCUCCAGGGCACAGGUUCUCCAGAUUACUUGCACACUAAAUGCAAGAUUAUCCACACAGACAUCAAGCCAGAGAACAUCCUUUUGAGAGUGGAUGAUGUUUACGUCCAGGAGCUGGCAGCCGACACCAACCUACAGGAGCUGCCAGUUUCUCCUGCUCCCACAAGCUGUUCAGAAAAUACCAGUCUAAGAGAGAAGCAGACCGGGAAGGUUUCCAGGAUCCCGAGGGCCAGGUUGUCGAGAAAGGAGAACAAACAUCAACAGCCGCAGCAGGGCGAGGACACUUUAGUUGACCGUCAGAAGAGGGCAAAACCUCAUGUGUCAUUCUCCAAUAUCACCACUCCCUGUAGUACUCCCAAUUCCACCUCUCCCCCUAAGCCUUCAGGUCCUGUGCGUACUACUUGGAGACGGAACCUGCUGCAUGAAGAAGCAAUGGGCUCUGACAGCAAGGAGUCAAUCUCGUCACCGAUAGAAGAUGCACCAUCAUUGACUACAAUGUCUCACUGCUCUAGACAAUCUACAUUGUUGCAUCAUUCUACCCAGAGAGACAACCAGCCCUCAUCAUCAUCACAUGGGUUCAGUGAAACAGAUAUGUUGGUGAAUCUUCUGAAGCCACAGAAUGCUGAUGAAAUCAGCAUCAAGAUUGCAGAUCUGGGCAACGCCUGCUGGGUGUACAAACACUUCACAGAGGACAUCCAGACCUGUCAGUACCGCUCUGUGGAGGUCCUGAUUGGGGCUGACUAUGGCACUCCUGCAGACAUCUGGAGCACAGCCUGCAUGGCAUUUGAGCUGGCCACUGGGGAAUAUCUGUUUGAACCCCAUUCAGGGGACAACUUCUCUCGAGAGGAAGAUCACAUUGCUCACAUAAUUGAGUUGCUGGGACCCCUUCCAUCCCAGUUUGCCCUCUCAGGGAGAAACUCCAGGCGAUAUUUCAAUCACAAAGGGCAUCUGCGGCGCAUCUCAAGGCUGAAGCCGUGGAGUUUGUGUGAGAUCCUGCUGGAUAAAUACGAGUGGCCACGGGAGCAGGCAGUCCAGUUCAGUGCCUUCCUCCUCACCAUGCUGGAGCCCCUCCCAGAGAAGAGAGCCACCGCUGCCCAGUGUCUAAAACAUCCCUGGAUCUCCUCAUAGACAUCAUACCUAGUGUUAUCUAGUGGUGGCUCUAUCUACCAUGUUACCUAGUGUCUGAACCCCUCUGGUAUCCUCAUGGACACAGAGUCGCCACCACUGCCCAGUGUCUGAACCACCCUGGAUUACAUCAUAGACAGCCGUCUCACCGAGGCCACAGAGGUUACACAGGUGAAGUCCCUUAAUAUGAUGAUGAUUUCAACGGAAAAUCCACCAAUUUUAAACCUCAUGUCAUUAUCUCAAGCACAAUACCAGUGUCUACAUAUGUGAAAUAUGUGUAUUUCUACUUUUUGUAGAACAAAAUAUAAAUUUAAAAAGUUAAACCCGAUGACAUCAUCAAAAGUUAAAACAUUUUUUUUUUAAAUGUGAUUUUCUAACACUGUGAGAUACCCGGCUACGUGGGGAGCAAGAAAAUACCCUCCCUCUGACUAGAAACUUGUUGCAGGUUUAGAAAAUCAGUUUCUCUUACUUUUAAUCCUACCCUGUGAUGUCACAGAGAAGUCUUUUUUAGGACCUUAUCUGUUUAACCACAGAUCAUAGAAACGUGCUGUUUUCACAUACCGUAUGUAGACACUAGUUUGGUGCUGGUGAUAAUUAUGAGGUUGAAAAGUGGCAGAAUUGCCAUUUAAGUGUGUGUGGGGGGGGGGGGGUGUUAUUUUUUUUAGCAAUUGUUAUUUUUUUCGGCUUUUCUGCAUUUCUGCAUGUGCUAUUUUUCUGUUUGCUCUGGGAGAGAAAUCAAUUAUUGAUGUGUAGAAAAUAACUUUUGAUAUGGAGAAAUGACAUGAUGACGAAACAAAUCGAGUUUAUGUAAAACUGUCACUGUUUAAUUUUACAGCUCUCUUUAGAUAUUCAUUUGAUAUUCCACAUUAUUUCUGAUGUGAUGGCCUGUGUUCAGAUUAUUCAAAUUUGAGCACAUCAAUGACCAAAAUCAUAAAGAAGGCAAGACUUACUGGAAUACUGCCUUUUCAAAAGGACACUGGGAAAAUUACUUUUGUUUUUAUCUUUCUUUGAAUAAAUGUUAUUUG